AUGCAAGCGAGAGAAGCCUUGAAGGUCGCUAUGUUGGCUGAAACGCAGUUGGAACGUGCUCGGCGAGGGGACCAGGAGAUCGCAGCAGCGUUGCUCAAAGAGUUUGGCCGACCCUUGACUCGGACGGUACCUUUGGCUACCCACGAAGAGAGAGUGCCAGUUUCAUCCAAGAAACUGCCACAAGCCUCUCCAGAUCUGCCACCACGACCAAGGAAGCCGCCGUACCUCAACUAUGAUUCUCAAAAGAAUCCCUUCUUUCGACCUCGCGUGCACAAUCAGUCUCAGGCAAUGAUGAUGGCUUCGCGUCUCAAGCAAACGCAACACAGACAUGAUCGAUCAGAUAACCUGCAUUAUCAGGCAAUGCUUGCUAGCACGGAAGAUCAAUUCUACCAAGCUCUGUCGAUGCCCGGAGAAGUCGGCUGGCAUGCAGAAGUCAAGCUUGCGCGAGCCGUUCUGCAUGAGCAGAUGAAGCAGGCCAGUGUUCGUCAGUCAGAGCUUUGGGACAUCCUGGAAGAAGAACACGAAGACCGUUGGCGACGCUACAGAGAAGAUAUGGAGGAGUACACGCGUCAGAGGAGAGCACGGUUCGUACAAAGAGCGCAGCAAUCAUAA